GCGAGGUGCAGAGCUGUCUAAAAAUACACACCGGGCAACAAGACAGUUAAGCCGCAUCUCUGGGGGAGGUGAAACAGAAUUUACGCGUCCAGGCGUAGAAACCAAUGACUGUACGGCGAUGGUUGUGAUAAUCCCCCAGUGAGGAGAAACAUCGGGCUAUCGCGUCUCGAUACACGGGGAAAUUUGACCAGGAUCACAGCUUGGAAGAAUCUGUUGCGACAGGACUGGUGUAACUUCUGCCUGACAAACCUAAUUCUGCAACAUGUCUUUAAACGACGUACCAGAAGAGACGCUAAAAGACUGGAGGGAGGCGUUCAGUAUGUUUGAUAAGAAUGGUGACGAUUUAAUAAGUGCUGGGGAGCUGGGAACCGUCAUGAGGAACCUAGGUUUGAAUCCCACCGAGGAAGAUGUUAAGAAAAUGAUCAGUGAUGUGGACAAAGACGCUAAUGGAUUUGUUGACUUCAACGAGUUUGUGUCGAUGAUGCUGAAGUUUCAAGAGAGACCAGUUGACCCCGAAGAGCAGUACCUAGAGGCGUUCCGAGUGUUUGACCAGGACGGUAAUGGGUUCAUCAGCCCCACGGAACUCCAGUCCGUGAUGACUAGUUUGGGGGAGACGCUGUCAGAGGAAGAGAUCAAGGACAUGAUUCAGGAGGCGGACAUGGACCGGGACGGACAAGUUAAUUAUACAGAAUUCGUGAAAGUGAUGAUCAACAAACUAUAAACUAUAACGCAGCUGAUUUGUUUUCUAAAGCAUUCCUCAAGUGUAUUGGAUAUGAAUUUGUUUUCAUUCCACAAGCCCCUUUAAAUGAGAUUUUUAUCUUAUGAUUUUUGUCUGUAAUUUGCAUAUAUGUCGAAGAAUUCCGUAUGGUUUGAUGUGAAAUAUGCUCAAAUUUCAUACUUUGGAUAAUUAUUACAUUUGAUUAAAACACUUAAUAUUGUAACUUAAACUGUAUAAUGUUGAUUAAACGUAAAUGUACUUGUCCCGAUUCACAAGAGUGACUAAUUAUUUUUAAUAAUGUAAGAACCGCACCGUGUAUCGGUUAGUUUAAUUCUUUUUGUAAAGUAUUCUAAUUUUGUUUAUUCUUUACUCAUGAAAUAUUGAAUGUAAUGUGUUCCAUACAGCAAUAAUUACAUGUACAAGUAAAUAAACGUGGAACUUGUA